AUGGAACAACAAUGGAACGGAGAUGUUGUGAAUGAGGACAGAUUAAAUGAGUUGCCUGAAGAUUUGCUUGUGCAUAUAUUAUCUUUUCUUCCGACCAAAAGUGUCGUAGCCACGAGUGUUUUGUCUAAGCGUUGGAGACAUGUUUGGAAGAUGGUGCAAAAUCUCAAGUUUGAUUCUGAGAAUCACCAUACAUUUACAGAGGAUGUUUACAGGUUACUUAUGCUACAUAAAGCUACGUUUAUAGAGACUUUUCAUUUGGAUAUUAAAAACAGAGACGCUGCUUUAGAUGUUGGCAUAUUGGUUGGAAUUGCAUUUGCACGCCAUGUGCGUAAUUUGGUACUCGAUCUUGACUAUCACUUUUACUAUGAUGAUGCUUACACCAGUAUAGUUAAAUUUCCAAGUGUUUAUUGCAUCUAUGAUAAUAAUACACUUGAGACCUUAAAACUCAAGAAUUCCCUUCUCUUAGAUUUUCCUUAUCGGGUUUGUUUGAAUUCCCUUAGAAAACUGCACCUGCACUGUGUUCAUUUUGAAACUCAAGGAUCUGUUGGCAACCUUUUAAGUGGUUGUCCUUGUCUUGAAGAUUUGGUAGUGCAACAAAACAACAGAUUCUAUCAGUCUGAGAAGGCUUUCACUAUUGCGGUGCCAUCAUUACAGAGACUAACCAUAGAAGAAGAUGACUAUAGAGGAGAUGAUGGAGGCUAUGUGAUAAAUGCUCCUUCUUUAAAAUAUUUGAACAUCAAAGGAUUAUAUGGGAUUGAGUUUUGUCUGAUCGAGAAAGCGCCAGAGCUGGUGGAAGCAAAAGUCAGUAAAGUUUCUGAUAUAAACAAUGAGAACAUUAUGGUUUCUCUAACUUCAGCCAAACGUCUUUCGUUAAACCUAUCACACUUAGAGAUCAAGUAUCCUGGUGAUAGAAUUUUCCAUCAGCUGGUAUAUUUGGAGCUACAUACAGAUAAAUGUAAGUGGUGGAAUCUACUAUCGUUCAUGCUUGAUGGUUCUCCCAAGUUGCAAAUCCUUAAGCUCAUCAACCUAUCUACGUAUCCUAACAAAGGAAAGCAUAUCGGUCGAAAAUGGAAAAAGCCGAAAUGUGUACCGGAUUGUUUGUUGUUCCGUCUUGAGACAUUGGAGUGGACAAGAUACGAAUGGGAACGAAGAGAUGAGAAAGAAGUUGCCACAUAUAUUCUAAGAAACACAAGACGGUUGAAGAAAGCAACUUUCUCCACAAAAGCCAUCGAACCAGAAAAGCUUAAAAAGUUGGAAAAGAGACGUGAGAUGCUCGACGAGUUGGCUAGUGUGGGCAGGGCUUCAAAUUCAUGCGACUUUGUCUUUGAAACCUUGUAA